AGCCGACAGAGGACACUUCCUCCGACCAGCAGGGGGCGAUAGACCGCCGAGCGUCACAGUCUAGAAGAAGAACCGCAGCAGAACAAACAUGGCGGCGUCGUUGAUGCGGUUCGUCCGCGGAGGACUCGGAAGGAGUUUUAACAGUAAGAAGACUUCAAUUUCGCUUAAUUUUGUAAUAAUUAUAUGAUGCAUUAAAUAAACUUAUUCGGUUCGCGCUUGCUUCCCCCUGAAAAGGACGCUGGUUCAUUUUAGAUGGUCAAAUAUUUCCGGUUUGACCUUCGAGCAGCUCGCUAAUGCUAAUGCUAACGUUAGCUAACAGACAUGAUGAACAUCUUAGAGCUUUAAUUCAUUUAAAGUUUAUUUAUGUGGAAAAAAAAACGACAUUAGCGGGUAAAUUAAGAGCUCAGAUGAGAGUUUAUGUCUCAGUUAAUGGUGUGUUUGUCUUAAAGUGUCAGUUUAUCUGUAUCUCUGUGUUUAUUUAUCGUAUUUAUCUCUUUAUUUUGACUCUUUAUUUUCAGGUUUUAGGAGUUCUUGUGUUCUCCAGCAGACCAGACUGCAGAGUUCAGACUCCUCUGAGACCAGCCGUGAGUAUCCUCGAACUGAACCCAUGUUAGUGCAGAAAAACUCAGAUUAAAUUUACAGAAUAUGGACAUAGAAAUGCACUCUGUGAUGAAGAAGUGUUUGUUUUUGUACAGGAUGAUCAUAAAAACAUAAAUUUAUGUAAAAAACACAGUAAUCAAAGUAAAUAACAGAUAAAAAAGGGGAGGUUUAGAGUCUGUUUCAGUCAGGAGCUGCAGUUCCCUUCAGACCAACACAAAUUUGUCUUGUAUUGAGUUUUAUAUGUUCAUUUUGGUUCUUCUAGUUCAUCAUAUUUUCUAUUUUUAUAUGUUAGAAGUUAAUUUAAAAUAAACACAAACUGAAAAUAAGUCAUGAGGUUUUGGUAAUUUAUUUUGAUUUUAUUAAAAAAGUGAAAGUAAAUAUCUCAGCUGUGCUGCAUUUCAUUAACACUGCACAAUAUUACCUCAGUACCUUAAUAUUACCCCUAUACAUACAUAUUUAUGUAUAUAUAUCUUUUUCUUAAUAUUUAUCUCCUUUCCUAUUCUUGUAUAUAGUUUUCUUUUUCAUUGCACUGCCUAUGCUGCACGAGAGGAUUUUUUCUUGUGUAUAGUCUGUACCUAUAAUUUUUUUAUUGCCUUCAUAUUAUUAUUAUUAUUUUAUUAUUAUUAUUUUCUUCAAGAUAUUUUUGUACUUUUAAUUCUGUCUCUGCUUUCUUUUUUCUGUAUCUAUUGCACUGAAAAUGAAGAAGCUCUCUCAUCUCAUUGUCCCUUCUCUGUAAUGACAAUAAAGUUCACUCUGAUUCUGAAUUUGAUGUAAACUUUCGCUAGAUUGUCAGAAAACACUGAUGAACGAAGCAAAUUUUCACAGACAUGAUCUUUUUUAUAGCUCAUGAAAUAUCAGAGCAAAGGAUUAAAUUUUCACUAAAUACAAACAACUGUUGAUAUAAAGACUGAUGGAGACGAUUAUUGACUUAAUGAACAUGAGAGAAACGGUUAAAGUUUUCAGUUACAGCUGUCUCAGACUGAACCACGACUGUAUAUUCAUGUGGAUCAGAUGGACGUGUCUCUGAUGGAUCUUCUAAUAAACCUCUCGUCUCCUCUUUUCCUCCUACAGCCACCGUCAAACCUAAGGACGCCGUCACUCACAACCAGCUGACGGCGUUUGGAGAGUAUGUGUCAGAGAUAAUGCCCAAAUACAUCCAGCAGGUCCAGGUCAGUUUUCUUCUUCCUGUAACUCAGUUUAUGAAAGAGAAAUCAGAGCUACUGUGGAGCUAAUAGAAGAUUCAAACAGGCAGACCUGAGGCUGGAGUUACACUAACCUUAGAAAUAAUAUUCAGACUAGAGGAGCACGGCGAGGGUUUGAAGAGUGUGUGUGUGUGUGUGUGUGUGUGUUCAGGUGACGUGUUUCAAUGAACUGGAGGUGAUGAUCCAUCCUGAUGGAGUCAUCCCCGUCUUGACCUUCCUGAGGGACCACACCAACGCUCAGUUCAGGAACAUGAUCGACCUGACCGCCGUGGACAUCCCGACACGACCCAACCGCUUUGAGGUAGCUGUCACACACACACACGCAAACACACACACACACACACACACACACUUACAGUAACACAUCAUAAUGGAGACUAAAGAGUAUCAGAGUCUUUUGUUUUUGUGAAGAGAAAAAAAACUGUGUGUGUGUGUGUUUUCUGUGUGUGUGUGUGUGUGUGUGUGCAGCAGAGACUGAUGUGGAUAAAACACGAUGACUUUGAUUCUGAUGAAGCUGCUCAGUCACGAUAAAUUCGACUCUCUCAUGUAAACUCAGAAUCUUUGAUCUCUCUCUUCUGUAAAUCGUCGACGCUCAAACUCGCCUCUAAAAUUCUUCGUUUUGUAAUUGUGACAUUUAAAACAUUUCUGCACAGAUGAUCUGAGAUCCAUAUGUGGUCUGAUUUUAUUGCUGAUUGUGUUUGUGUGUGUGUGUGUGCUGCUCACAGAUCGUGUACAACCUGCUGUCGCUGCGCUUCAACUCUCGUAUCCGCGUGAAGACGUACACAGACGAGCUGACGCCUGUGGACUCUGCUGUUACGGUUCACAAGGCCUCCAACUGGUACGAGAGGGAGGUGAGUCCAGACCUGCAGACCCGGUCUUUGGAUUUGUGUGACGCUGUUUUAUUCAUUCAUGACUCGACGACACCGUGGUGAAUGUUUUGGUUUUAAUAUCAGGGAUGUAGAUGUGAUUAAUCAUCAGCUGAACACGUGAUUCAUGCUUUGACUGUCGGCCCAAAAUACUGAUCACAGGUUCGAGCUGUGGUCCAGCCAUCUUGUAUCUCUACUUGGUGGUGUAACACAGAUGACAGACAGGACCUUUUUAGUGCAGUAUAGUUUGUAGAAACUGGAGAUAAAGUUGUGAGCUGAGGGGAAAACUGGUUUGGGAGGGGUAGAGUUUACAUUCAGGAUUUCUCCUAAAAACUGGAACUAACUCAGAUCCUGAUUACAACACCUUUAAACUCAGGCUCAAACGUCCCCUCCCCUUGAUUAAAAUAGACAAACUGUGUGUGUGUGUUCCUGCAGGUGUGGGACAUGUACGGUGUGUUCUUCGCUAACCACCCUGACCUGAGGCGGAUCCUCACAGACUACGGUUUUGAGGGUCACCCCUUCAGGAAGGACUUCCCUCUCUCAGGAUACGUUGAGGUGAGCUCUGCCAACAUCACAUCUGUUAUAUUCAUCCUCAUCAGCGUGUCGUUUUUUCGUUUGUCUCUCUCUAAAAAUAAACGCGGUAGUAUUGGCAGGUUGUCAGUGAGGCUGGCAGCGCAGACGUUGAUGAUGCGAACCUCUUCUGGAGUCUGUUUGUUUUUUCUUCUUCAUUUAUUUAUCGAGCACAUGAUAAUGAAUUCAGAGUUCCCUCAAGCCUUGAAACAUCUUUUGUAGUUUGUGCCAAGAAAGACUCGUUUUUUAUCCUGUUACUUUCAGAGACGUCCUUGAAGGAAUGAAUAAUAAAACCGGAGAGUUAAAAAUGCAUCAUUUCCUCCUGAAUGUUCAGCCGUUCUUCCCAGUUUGUGUUCAUGUUCACCUCAGAAACACUCAAACUCACCGAGCGCGUUUCCCUCCUCAGGUGCGUUACGACGAUGAGGUGAAGCGCGUGGUGGCCGAACCCGUGGAGCUGUCGCAGGAGUUCAGGAAGUUUGACCUGAACACUCCCUGGGAGGUUUUCCCAGCGUACAGGGAGCCCAAAGAGGCGCCGCCGAAGCUGGAGGCCGGAGAGGCUCCUGAGAAGAAGUGAAGUCCUCGUGUUUCAUCAUCGUCACCAUGUUCUGUUCGUUAAGGUCGUUUUGGGAGCCCCGCCCUCAUCCGAACAAACCCACCUGGAAUAUUUAUGUAAAUAAAGUACGAAUAAACCGAUCCUAAAAGAGUUUUCGUG